AAGUAAAUAGCAGACGACGAACGCUCAUCUGUCCAGAUAGGCGGAAGGUGGAGAGAAUAUGAAGGUGAACACAAUACGAUCGCUGACAUGUCGGCGUAGCCUCAGUGUGAGGAGAAAGCACAUCCAUCAUGGACGACUCGGACCAGGACUUCGUCGAUCUUUAUUCAAAGCUGCUCAAACGAGUCCGCAGGAAAGCAGGCGAGCCCGGGCAGCCCAGCAAGGCAGAGGCUCGGUCCUGCAGCCAGGCGGCCACCGGAGACAAGAGGAGGAGACACCAGAAAGAGACGGACCCGGACGCGAAGCGUGUCAGUGCAACCCAGCCGCUUCCCUGUGGCACCGGCGCUGAACCCAAACCACCAGCGGUCAAUGGAGGGCUGGCUGACGACCCGGGACACACCGGCUCGUCGGUUUCUGUGGGCUCUGGUGCGCCCGAAGCGGAGGAGGUGGUUGCGACAAAUGUAAGGGCCAAAGACAAAGUGCUUUUGAGAAUGCAGCAGUUCAAGAGAGCCAGUCCACAGAGGAUAGCGCAUCAGAAGAUCAGCCAGCUGCCAGGCAGUGAAAGCGACUGUGUUCCUCCUCUGCCGCCGCAAAGACGAGAUAGUCCAGAACCAGCCACACCUGGCCUCCACCAGGAGCCCCAGGAUAGUGAUGAGGUGCUGGCCCUCAGGCUACAGCAGGAGCUGGACAGGGAGGCGGCCGAGGCUCAGGUGGUGGACCUGGAGGACAGAGGCCUCUUCUUCUGUCAGCUCUGCCACAGAGACCUGUCCCACAUGUCCCCCGAGGGGCGCACACAGCACCUCAACCGGUGUUUGGAUGAGAAUGAAGACAGUGCCCCAGCCCCUCCUCCUGCUCCCUCUGGGGUUUCUGACUGUCCCAUCUGUGGCAAAAAGUUCAAGUCCCAGAAGAGUCGCUCUGCCCACCUGAAGCGUUGCUCCUCAGAGAUGGGUGUGUCCCCAGCCGUGCUGCUGCAGGCUCUGCAGAGACAGGCUACCGAGGCCCAGGCAGACAGCACUGCAAACCAACCUGCAGCACCUGAAGGCACCAAGAGAAAGGCGCCAUCUGAACCAGGCAUCCCAGCAAAAAAGAAGCCCAGGAAGAAGACCCAGCCUCUGGAUGAGGACACCAUGCUGGCCCUAGCUCUUUCAUCCUCCCUGCUAGAACAGGAGAGGGAGAGGGAGGUGGAGAAAGAGUUUCAGAGGGAGACUGCUGCGUCUCACACCUCCAUGACCCCACUGUUGAAGUGGAGACCAGAUGCAGGUAAGGGGCGUGGCAGGAAGAGAAAGGGCGGUGUUCCCCGCCCUCCCCCGCUGCUCCUUAUUCAAGAUGCCGAGGCGGCCCUGAGGAGGAUUCAGGAGCGUGUCUCUGCUCUCCUCCUAUGCGGCAGGGCCCCCUCACCUCCCACCCCCAAACGCUGCCCCAGCAGCCUGUCUGCCUGGAGUGGUGACGCCCCCCUCUGGGAAAAGAGUGCACUGCGGGAUGGAGGGCCCAGCUGUGAGUCUGAGUUCUACACCCCGGAGCUCAGGGAGUUCAUAAUGCCUCAGGAUGCAGGAAUGACUGAUACAGUCUCCUCAACCAGUGAGAAGCCUGAUUCCUCUGUCCAAACUCCUGGUGAAGAUGCCCCUGUCCCAGUGACUAGGAGCUCCAUCAUCCCCUCCACCUCCACCUCCUCCUCCAAGACGGCCCCUUCCUCAGCUGCCUCUGCCUCAUCCUCAGCAAAGCUCUCAAUAGGCAGCCAGGCUGUCAGAGACCUGGUGGAGCUGGCUGAAGACGGAAUGACCCUCACCCAGUGGGGUUACACUGCCUCUGGCCCUGCCAAAGACAUAGACAACAGCAGCGGUCUGAUCCCUGACCUUCAUCUUAGUGGAUUUGUCCUGGAGGAGCCACAAGAGCAAGCUGACCUCUGUCUGAGUGGCUUCUUGCCAGAAACAACAACCACCUACACGCGACACCCCCACUGCCAAGCAAGGACGCCCACUGGCCAUUCAGGAGCAGAUAGAGAGCAAGGCAGCCACAAAUCAGUGAUGCUGUCCAGGCUGGCGUCAGACCUGAGCAGCAUGGUGAACAACCCACAGCUCAGUGAUGUGCAGCUCCAGGUGGACAGCGGAGAGGUCUACUUUGCCCAUUCGUUCAUGCUUUACACCCGCUGCCCUCUGCUGGCACAGAUGGUACAUGACAGUGGUUUCGGAGUGCAGGAGGAAGGCAUGCCUGCUGCCCAAAGGAUUUUGGUAGGGGAGGUUCCAGGACAGGCGGUGUACAGUCUGCUUCAGUACGUCUAUACAGCCCACUGUCCUAUCUCAGCAUCCCUGCUGCCUCAUCUUCUGGAGCUGGCAUCCAGAUUUGACUUGGAGGCGCUCAGGCAGCAUUGUCAGCUCUACCAAGAAGAGGCAGUAACCCAGGCAGAAGGAGCAGACUGUGCAGGCCAGGAGCAGCCAUCCGAGGAGCAAACAGACCACGCCUUCAUGGAUCUCCUUCAGUCUAUGUGGAAUGAAGAGGAUGAAGAUACAGAUGAAGGAAGGGACGGCGAGACAGGGUUGGAAAAAGCAGGUCGAGUUAAUGACCUCACAUUAGCAGACAAAGAGAUAUGUGAAGAAAAAGUGAAUGAGGAGGAGAUGGAGGAGAUCUAUGAGUUUGCUGCCACACAGAGAAAGAGGGAGGAGGGGAAAGGCAGCACAGAGGAAGAAGAAGAAGAUGAGAAAGAAGGAGACCUGGAGAUGGAGGACAACGAAGUGUUCACCAAACCAGACAUAACAGAGCCUAAAAUGAUCUCAACAGGCUCUAAGGAAAAAAGUGUGCCACCUGUCUCCAACCUUGAGCCAGACCACAACCUGAAUCGCAGCUACAGCCGCCUCUUCUCAGACUCCUGGGGGGUGUAUGAGGAAGAAGACCCCUCCUCCCCACCCUCCAGUUCCUGUCGCAGUAAGACACAAACCUGUCAGUCUCAACACCUUGAGCACUCAACUACUACGGACAAGGGAAAGACACAGUUCAACAGAACUUGCCUUCAGUCCUCAGCUAGUGAAAUCAUUGACCUUUCAAUCAGCCCUCCACCCAGUACAUCCAACCUGCCUCUCCCAGGUUUGUCCCCUGGUGAAGUUGGUAAUGGAGGAGAUGAGCGAACAGAUAGCAUUGAUACAGACUUCUCCAAAGAAUGCGCUCUUUCUAGAGAUGAAAGGCCCAGCCAAGGUUGUCGCAGUAUUUGUGCUGCCCUUUCUCCUGCUUCACCUCAGAACAGAAAGGAACCUGAGCUAAUAGUUCUGUCUGACUCAAGUGAAGAGAUGGAAGUAGAUCUAGCUGCUGCCAGUUCCCGUAGACCUUCACCAUGCACCAGUCAGAAUGUGCAGAACUUCACCCAGAUCAAACCCCAACCAGUGCCGCAACCUAACGAGGCUACCUUGGAGAAGAAAGAGUCAUGUAGUUUUGGGCUCAGUCCCAGCACUCCAUCUGCAUUCCCAGUUCCAGGUCGAUCUGGUUUUAGUUGUGAUGCUCUGGAGCAGAGUCCAGUAGACUGUUCUCCGGAAGUUUCCUGGCUCGUUCCAGCCACGCCAGUACAGCCCAGCAGAAACACCAUCACCAGCUCCACUCAGACGCACAGCAGCAUGCGCAGGACGCAGCUCUUCCCCAAAGCCAGUGUUUCACCGUCCUCAUCCCCUGUGUUAUCUUCUCCAAGGUUAUCAUUAAAGAGCAGACGUCACAAAUCCGACACAAAUCAGACACAGGCAAGUGUUUCCAGGAAACUGGAGAAGAACUUCCCUUGUAGUUCUGGGAUGGCUCUUAACUGUGCUGAAAAAAACAAUAGAAGUAGUGAUGUGAAUAUGGACAGAGAGGUGGAGUCUAGUGAUAACUUCCCACUUUUUGCAGGUCCCCAUAAGUGCUCACAAGCCUCCAGCUUUACUUACUCCCUUCCCUUCCAGUCCCAACAGGGGGCCUCCAUGCAGCCAAACCCUCUUCACAUCCAGUCUCAGCAGUACAGCAGCACUCCCCUACACACAGAUUUACACAAACCCCCUGUCCAUCUUCCUGCCUCCCCCGUCCACUGUGACCCUGAGAGGGAGAGUUCGUUUGGUCAAGUGAAGGAGCAUUCUGACAGAGAGAUAGGAAGUCUUCGUCUUUCCUCAUCUAACCUCUCAGACUCACCAUCCUCUUCCUCGUACAGAGGCCUUUCAACUUCAACACAAAGAGGAUCUACUGCUGACAACACAGGAACUAAACUGACAGGGCAGACCAAAAAUGAAGCCAGGGGAAUUAGAAAUGACACAGGAAAUGGAAUAAUAGAGAGGGAAGAAGAAGGUAGAGGGACUGCAGGAGAGCAGAAAGAAACGUCACUGAAAGGUAAUGCAGAGGAUGCUUUAGGCGGCAGCUUCCAGCAAAGUUUCACGAUUAUGGACGAGCCUCCCAUGGCUUUCAACGACUCAUGGGGCCUCGAUGUUGGUGCAGACAGAGAGGGAAACCCAGGUGUCCGCUUCAGUCUGAGGCUGGAGGACAGUGGAGGAAGCAGCCCACAUGAUCGCAGCCCUGGACAGGGAGGAACAGCUGGGCUAUCUUCAUCUACCACCUCUCAACAUCCCAACACAAGUCAUGUCAUCGAGUCAUUCCAGUUUCACAACCCUGGGCAACAUGUUAACUCCACUCCACCCAAAUUGCGCACCACACAACCAUCUUCCUCGCCUACAUCCAAAAUGCCUGCCCAUACAUGCUCCCCCUUGACCCCUCCUCCACCUGACACGACUACCCCCACCCCACCGCAUGUCAAUGGUAGCCUCCUGGACAGCAAGUUAUGGGACAGCUGGAACGAGGAAGAGGAGGAAGAAGCUCUGCCCCUUUCUCAGCGGGUGAACCCUCAGGCUCAUUUAAAAACCCCAGUUGCACCUCGGAGAAAAAGGCGCGGUCCCAUAGUGCCCAUCACUCCCAUGCCCAGCUACUCCGACAUGGACACGCCGGAGCUCAAGAGCAAACUCAACAGGUUUGGUGUUCGUCCUCUGCCCAAGCGGCAGAUGAUCCUCAAGCUGAAGGAGAUCCACCACUACACCCACCAGCUGGUCAGUUCUGACUCAGAGGAUGAGCCACCCUCUGAGGGUCGCACCACUCAGGUGAAGCCCCUAUCCAAAACCACAAGUGUGACCAGUAGGCCGGCCGCCUGCGUCCAGGCAGUGAGCUUCAAACUGCCCAGAGCACCCAUGACUGUCUCCCCUAGAAAACAUAACAGUGAGGAAGAUGCUGAGCCCCUGUCUGCCUCACAGGGCUCCAAUUCGUCUUCAGCUGCCGCCAGUGAAGAAUCUGAACGGUCCAACCCAGAGUUGUGCCUCUCCUCUGACAGCGACACAGAUAGUGACGGAGGCGUGACAGCAUCUCAGGCAGCUUCCCGCCUCCAAGAUCGCCUCCGGGCGGUGCGCUCCUUCAUCCUGUCCGACUCAGAGCUGUACAGUCAGAUCCUCCAGUACCAACCUCUGGUCAUUUCCCAGCUCCAGGAACGGCUCAAAGCCGCCGGGAUCCGGCUUGGUGCCUCCAAGCUGCUGGACUACCUGGACUCCCAGUGCAUCACCUUCACGACAGCCAAGCCCGGCCACACCGCAGCCAGCCGCAGGCGGGGCAGGAGGGCGAAGGCAGCAGGUGAACGCCAUGUGAGAGGGAGGAAGAGAGGAGUUACAGCCAGGGAUUAUUAAAACCUUGGGACUGCAGGAAAGGUUUAAGUGGAAACUAAUUUUGCUACUGUGAGAUUUACUGCAGUGUGUUGUGAAACUUUUCUGAAAAUAAUGUUUUAUAAUUAUUCCUGGUUACCUUGAAACAAACCCAGACUGAAGGCUGAGCCUUGAAACUGAAAGAGCAUGAAAGUUCAUGGAUAAAAACAAGUUUUACCAUUUUAAUGAAAAUUAUCACUUUAAUUUACAAAAGGUUUUGUGUAUCUUAAUGUUUUUUUCAAAUGUUGCAUAAAUUCUGGUUGUGAAAAUAAACAAAAGUGCCAAGUGUCUUUUUGCCACAGCUGAAGAUAAAAAAUAGUGGAUGCUUCUGUUUUCAUAUCCAGUAGUAUGGCAUAGCCAGUCUUGAUCAGUCUCAGUAUACAAAUGACUAAUUAUUAUAUUUGACAUCACAAUGAAUAAUCUUCAGCUUCUGUGAUAUGACCUGGUUGAAUCAUAUUGUCAUAUUGCUGACAAGCAUAUUAAUCUGAAUACCAUCCAAAGUCUUCAAACCUAAUCAAGAAAAGGUUUAAUU